CUGCCAGUAAAAUCUUCAGUUUUCUUCUUAUAAUGCUAUUUUAGGUUUUUGACUUUUGCUCCAUGUUUUCCUCUUUUCAAACAGGAGAUGGCAGUCUAGCAGUGAUUAUUAUUAUUUUUUCAUAUAACGAGGCUGAUCUGCUGACGUGGACUUGUUAAAAUCUUAAAAAAUGAACAACAUUGAUUUGUGCAGGAGACUCAGCUCAACUUAUAACUGUAUUUGUUAAAAUAAAAUUAAUCCAAACGAAUUAUUAACUUGUGAAAGCAGAACGUAUUCCCCACAUAGAAAAAAAGUUGGUUUUAAAAUGCUAAACAAUUAUUUUUCUUUUUUUUUUCUACAUGUCUUAUUAUAGGUCCAUGGAGGCAGAGAAGCUUGGUUUAUUUUUAAACAAUAUUAAAAAAUUGCUUCAACAUAUAAUAGAAAAUCCCCGUGUAGAAAUCAAAGAAAUAUGCCGUUAGUUUUUAAACAAAAACACAAGUUAUCUGCUCAGAAAAUGUGUUUAACAGCUGCACACCUUCCGAAGUAAACCAUGGCAUCUGUAACACAGCUAUAUAUGGUAUGGCCUUUGCUGCAUUCAUGUACUCCUUGUAAAAACACACUUCUAAUUUUGAAAUACAAAUACUUGUAAUAAGAAAUGUAGAAGCUGUAUUAAUGUACCCCCAAAAUAGUAAAACGUUAAAAUUGAUACAUAUUGAUAUAAAUUGAUAUAUUUUUUGUUAUUCUGUUUACAUUUUUAGGUUUAAUGUGGCUGUUACGUGAGCAUGAGGGCAAAUGCUGUGUAAAUGCAGGGCAAAUUUACGAGCUGCGAGCAUAGCAUGUGAACGCAUCACACCGCUGCAAGCGGCGACUUUAACGGCGUCUGAGAAACUUCAGCAGUCAGCACAGACACCGACGAGCAGAGAGGCUCAACAACAGGAGUCCGAGACUUUUCUGGGCUAGAAUCGCUCGUUCUGGGACAUAGAGACCGAUUAGUGUAGUGUUUUUACUGCUCGCGAGUCUACCGACGGGAUGACAGUUCAGCAGAAGCGUCUUACGUUCAGCAAUCUUAUUCACAACUGCGGCUUUAUUUAAAUAAAGCAUUAAAACGAGUUAUCGCUAGCAAAACACUGGUUUGUUUGUUUGCUUUAGUUAAACUGGGUUGUUUUUGGACGACUAGUACUUGGAAGUCUAAUUGAUUUCCAAACCAACAUUGAUUUUAUAGAUUAGCUUUUGCCGAGUUCAGGAUUUAUACAACAGAAGUAAACACUGGAUUACCUGCACCAAGGUGUGCUGGAAGGAAGUCGAUUGUUUCCUGUUUGCAGAACAUGAAGGGCCAGGAGCUGGAUGGCCUCUGUAGUAGCUGUGAAAACUGAGAAGAGACCUGCAGCUGAUUCUCAGGAUGCGGAUUCAAAUGCUAAAAAGCCCAGGAAACUUCUGCCAAGCCUGAAGACCAAGCGAGCCCCAGAGCUCGUCCUGGUGAUUGGUACAGGGGUGAGCUCAGCUGUGGCUCCACAAGUCCCUGCUCUUCGGUCCUGGAAAGGGCUUAUUCAGGCCUUACUGGAUGCAGCUAAUGACUUUGACCUGCUGGAGGAGGAGGAAAGUCGUCGUUUCCAGAAGCACAUGGAGGAAGAUAAGAAUUUGGUGCAUGUGGCUCAUGACCUCAUUCAGAAACUCUCCCCGAGGACUGGAAAUGUGCGAUCCACGUUCUUCAAAGACUGCCUAUACGAAGUGUUUGAUGACCUGGAGUGUAAGAUGGAGCAUGCUGGGAAACACCUCCUGCGCUCCGUGCUGCAGCUAAUGGAGAGUGGCGCGCUGGUCCUCACCACCAACUUUGACAACUUGCUAGAGAUCUACGCAGCCCACCAGGCCACCAAGCUGGAGUCUUUAGACCUGACAGACGAGAAAAAGGUUUUGGAGUGGGCUCAGGAGAAACGGAGGUUAAGUGUCCUGCACAUCCACGGUGUUUACACCAACCCCAGUGGGAUCGUGCUACACCCUGCUGGCUAUCAGAACGUACUGCGGAACACGGAGGUUAUGCGUGAGAUCCAGAAGCUGUACGAGACCAAGUCCUUCGUGUUCCUCGGCUGCGGUCGGACGGUAGACGACACGACCUUCCAGGCCCUUUUCCUGGAGGCCGUCAAGCACAAGUCUGACCUGGAACACUUCAUGCUUGUGCGGCGGGAGGAUGUGGGGGAGUUCAAAAAGCUACGUGACAACAUGCUGGACAAGGGCAUCAAGGUCAUCUCCUAUGGAGACGAGUACGCCGACCUGCCUGAGUACUUUGAGAGGCUGGCUAACGAGAUCUGCAACAGAGACGUGUUGACCAACAGCUGGGCCACAGGAUCGCCGUCACAAACUGGCGAGGAGCAGCAGAAUGGCUUUAACACGCAGAAGAGCCUCCUCCAGGGUUAGGACCUAGGGCUGCUCUGGGACUUGGAGAAGUGGCGUCUUGUGAAAGACCUUUUCUGGAUGACAUCACCAAAACUCAGUUGGGACUCUUGUUUUCUUACUGUGUGCUGUUGCUUUGAGAAAGAAGAGGGAUAAAACAAACUUCUGGGUCCUCUUACACACACACACACCCCUCUGCAUGCACACUGACGCCGUUUAUUUUUCAAAUGUUUUGAAAUCGUUCUGUUCUUUUGCCCCAGGUUGUUGCUCCUAACAGGUGCAUGUUUUAGAUCGUCUCUUCAGGUUGGCUUUAUAAAAAGGAUUUUGAUCGUAAAUCUGUCAGGAUUUCUUUGUGCUCCUUUUAUUAAAUCUUUCAACACUCACCUUGUAACCCAUCAGAUUUAUGCACUGGGAUUGUUCCAACAUAGUUUAAGAGAACAGUCUGCAAACCACACCAUGUGCCUGACUGGAUGGGUCACACCCAGUGCUGCAACUGGAACGAUUCACAUUAAUUAGGAAAAUUUGACAGUUGGGGAAGGACGAAUGAGUUCAUGUGAGGUCAGGAUAUAAAGCAGUUCCCACCUCUGUGCUGAAAUGGUCUUUAAGCUGUUUUCCUUUUUUGUAUUUUUAAUAUUUGUAUGUGUCUGGUAUUGUCUUUUCAAAUUAAAAGCUUUUGGUAUUCCUCUUG